UGGUGGAUCUUCGAGUGCUUGGGCAGUAUGCAAUUGAAAGGAGAGAAAUGAAGGAGAAAUUAAAUGGGAUAGAGGUUAGAGAGCCAAGCAUAGAAUAGUAAAAUGAGAAAGAAAGAAGGUGGCCCUUGAGUGAAGGAAAAACAUAGAAGAGAAUCCCAAAAGAGGAAAGAAUAACUUGUCAAUUAUAUAAGGUCAAUUUGUUGAAGUAUGUCUUGGAAUGGAAAAAACGUUGAAUGGAGACUUGAUGUCUAUUGAAGCAGCAGCAUGCAUACAUUCUGUUUAUAGUCAAGUCAUGAUAUUUUUUUUGGCCGGCAAGAUAUAAAGGUCCUACUGUUAGAUAUUCUUAGCUUCCCAGGGAAUGACAGUCCUGUGAAGAUCAGUAUAUAAAUGUAAUUGAAAACCAAAGAAAUCACCAAGGAGCAUUGACACCCAGCAUCUCCUGGAAGCUCUUAUGGAGUUUGUUUUUCAUUUCCUGCUUAUUGUUGUCAGUAGCUUUGUUGCAACCGGCAUUGUGCCUCAAGCUGGUGGUGCCCUACUUAUAAAGGUCACAUGCAUCUCUUUGGAGGUGGCCAACUGAUGCACAAAAUGCUGCGUGCCAUGGCUGAUAAAUGUGGACCAACUUUUAUCAUCAGGAUGGCAUCACAAAUUGCCUUGGUUGUAAACAGUUGGGAAAUGGCUAAGAGUGUUUGACUGUCCUAGAAUAAAGUGUUCUCCACCAGACCAAUCCUUGCUGCUUCAAAGAUUCUGGGCUAUGACUAUGCGAUGUUUGCUCCUUAUGGAUCCUACUGGAGAGAGAUGCCCAAGAUUGCUGUGGUUGAACAUCUGUCAAACCAACGGAUUGAUAUGCUCAAACACAUACAAACUUCAGAAGUAAAGACUGCAAUAGGAGAGCUGCACAAGGCAAGGCUCAACAAAGGUGCUGCAGAAAGUGGAGUGCUGGUAGGUAUGAAGCAGUGGUUUGGAGAUUUAACUUUGAACAUUGCUUUAAUGAUGGUAGUGGGCAAAAGAUACUUUCCUCAAAAUGCUGAUUGUGAGGAAGGAGAAGUGUGGAGAGGCCUGCUUUUGAUGAGAGAUUUAAUUGACGUUUGUCUUGUCUAAUGCAAUGCCAUUUCUUUGCUGGUUGGAUUUUCAAGGAUGUGUAAAGGCCAUGAAGAGAACUGCAAAGGAGUUGGACAAGCUUGUUGGAGGGUGGCUGGAGGAGAAUAAACUGAAGAGAAUUCAGGGUGGGAAAGUGAAGGAAGAGCAGGAUUUCAUGGAUGUUAUGCUGAACAUGCUGGAAGAUGCUAAGAUUUUAGGUUUCAGUACCGACACCAUCAACAAGGCUAAUUCCUUGAACUUGAUCUUAGGAGCAAGUGACACAACCAUGGUCACUCUCACGUGGGCCCUUUCUCUACCGCUUAAUAACCUCCACGUGUUGAAGAAGGUUCAAGAGGAGCUGGACAUUCAUGUUGGCAAGGACAGACAUGUGGAAGAAUCUGACGUUAAGAACUUAGUCUUCCUACAGGCAAUUGUCAAGGAAAUAUUGUGGUUGUACCCUGCUACUCCAGCGAAUGGUUUCCAAGCUUCAAUGGAAGAGUGCAUUCUAUCAACAGGCUACCACAUUCUGCAGGCACACGCAUGAUGAUAAAUAUCUGGAAAGUUCACCGUGAUGAGCGUGCGUGGACUGAACCUCAUGAAUUUCAACCUGAGAGAUUCCUGACUAGUCACCAGGACAUUGAUGUCCGGGGUAAGAACUUUGAACUGAUCCCCUUUGGCUCGGGAAGAAGAUCAUGCCCUGGCACCUCGCUUGCCCUUCAGAUGGUGCAUUUUGCAUUGGCUAGCUUCUUACACAGUUUUGAAGUUGCCAAGCCGUCAAACCUUGCAGAGGUAGAUAUGACUGAGUGCAAUGGUUUCACAAAUCUGAAAGCAACCCCACUUGAAGUUGUCUUAAUUCCUUGUCUUAGUUCCAAGCUUUAUGUAGAAUGAAUUGACACAAUUAUCAGCAGAAACUACUUUGUGGUGCCUGGAGUAAUAUAUGCUAGGGAUCUUCUUCAAGACGUCUCAGCAGCUGCUAUUUGAUACUUGUUACAUUUGUCUCUGUUCUCUAUUCACCAUGUAAUUUUCUUCAAACUUCCUCAAUAAAAGAUAAACGUCUGCAAUUAUGUCUUUGUGUUUCUCAUUUUGUAUUCAAAUAUUUGACUGAAAGAAAUGCCGAUUAUAAUACGAGUUACUAGUUUCCAGAAGAGCCAAUGAAUGGAGGCAAGAUGU